CUGGCGCUCCAGCUGACCGGCCGCCGCUGCGCCGAGGUGUUCUGGGAGCAGUUGGGCGAGAUGGCUGCCGCGUCUGGCCGCAGCCGACCGCACGAGCUGCUGCUGGAUCAGGCGCAGCGGCCGGGCGGCGUCGGCCUGCUCGCCGACUCGCUGCACGGCCUGCUGCAGGAGCUGAAGAUGUCGGCCGCCUCCAGCUCCGAGCUGGACGGUCUGGGUGCGCAGGCCGUGAAGCACACGGUCCUCCUGCUGCGCGGCGCGCUCCGCUUUGAGGAGGAAGAGGACCAGCGGGAGCGGCCGGCUGCCGAGGCGGCCGCGGAGGAGGCGCCCGAAGAGACGGCGUCGGCGCCGCAGUCGGCGACGGCCCAGCAGGAGGAGACGUCCGGGGAGCCGGCCGCUCAGCCGCCGUCGCAGGAGCCGGCGCCCGAGGAGCCGCUGCAGGCGCCCGAGGAGCCGCUGCCGGCGCCGGAGGCCGACGGCGCGGCGCCACCGUCGCUGGGCCGGUCCCGUCUCAGCGCCCUCCUGCCAGAGUGGGUGCUCAACCUGCUGCGCUACCAACACGAGCGGGGCUCGCAGGAGGCGGUGCCGACGGAGGCCGAGGCCAUGAUCAUCUCGCGCCUCGUGGACAUGGGUUUUUCGGAUAUCGUCCAGAUCCGCGCCCUGUACUGCCAGUACGGCGACGACUGCAACGCCAUCGCCUCCCACCUGCUGGACCGCUCCGUGUAGGCGGGCGUCACUGAAGCUGCGUGCCGGCCCUGCUGGUUCCGUUGGCUGCUCUUCGCUUGCGGCGGUGGCGGAGCGUUGGGUGCUGGCGUGGGGCAGUCCUC